UAGACCCCAACAGGAUUAAUUCAAUUAUUUGGGUCACGAGCAUGCCUUUCACUACUGAAGAAGCGAUAUAGAAGGAAUUCCAAGGCAUAUUUGAGUCGUGUGCUGGUCAUCAUUUCUGCAAGACUGAUCGUCAGUGAUCUUUCGGAGACUGCAAGAUCAGACUAAGAAGCCAAAAGUUAACUUUGGAGAAAAUCCCUCCGAUCCAGUCCAGCGUCAGAAAGUAAAGAAAAAAUGGCAAAACGUCAGGAUGAUAAAGAGUUAUGCAGUAUGCUUUUAAAAUUGUACAAUGCUGUGCGAGACGGUAAUUUGGAUGAGACAAAAGGGAUUAUUGGCUCUCUACCCCCCGAAGAAUUGAAUUCGAAAAUCCCAGAUAAAGGCCAAACGGCUCUUCAUACUGCUGUUACAUAUGGACAUGAGCAUAUAGUGGAGGAGCUGGUGAAGCUGAUGUCGAAUCAGAGCUUGGCCUUGCAUGAUAGUGACGGUUACACAGCUCUAAGCAUAGCAGCCGUGCUUGGAAAUUGGCGAAUGGUGGUAUGCAUGCUUCGAAUAGACUUUGAGUUGAUCAGCAUUAGACAUUCCAAAGGGAAUCUUCCGAUUGUUAUGGCUAUUGAUUUCGGGCAAAUAGAAAUGGCACGCAAGUUGUAUUAUCUUACUCCAAAAAAAGAUUUAAUUCCACAUGAUGAUAAUCAGGAAAUUCAAGACUGCAACGGUGCUACUCUUUUUACCCGUGCCAUAUAUACUGGAACUUUGGAUAUUGCUUUGGAAUUAAUCCGAACUUGCUCACGUUUGGCACUGGCUCUUGACAAGAAUGACGAGUCUCCCAUCUUAGCAUUGGCCUCUAUGCAUCAUUCCGUCCCAAGUGGAAUUCAGCUCGGGUUUUGGAAGCAACGCAUCUACUCCUGUAUGCGCAUUCCAUCCGUACCUCUGACCAGUACUGAGACUCGUUUGAACAUUUUAAAUGAAGAACAAUGCCAAAGCAAUCAAAAAGAUCAAAAUACCAUAUCAGUACUUUCAAGAAGUUGUGCCGUAGGAGUACUCAACUUCUUUGGAAUCAUGCAGUUGUACGAAAUGAAGAAGAUCCACGACCAGUACAAUGAACUUCUUUCUCACAUGUGUAAAGUGGUAUCAGAAUCAAAAACUGUUCAGCAACUUAAAGAUGGUUUGGUUUAUGAUGCCAUUUGCCGGGCUACUGAGAAAGGGAUUUUCGAGUUUGUUUCUAAGAUGCUUGAAGAGGACCUACAAUUUAUAUGGGUCCAUGAUAAAGAUGAAAGAAACAUAUUUAUGCUUGCAGUCUUGCAUCGUCACGAAAAAAUCUUUAGCAUUCUAUACUCCAGAGAUAUGAUGAUGAAGAACUACUCCUUGACAUGUUUAUUAGAUGUCAAUGGAAAUAACAUAUUACAUAUGGCAGGGAUGAUGGAACAUUCCACUAGGGUUAAUCAAAUCCCGGGGGCAGCUUUACAAAUGCAAAGAGAGUUACAAUGGUUCAAGGAGGUAGAGAGAAUUGUCCAUCCCAAGGAUAAGGAAACUACCAACAAGAAGGGUUUCACUCCCCGACAAUUGUUUACACAAAACCAUGAGAAAAUGAUGAAAGAGGGAGAGAAAUGGAUGAAGGACACAGCAACAUCAUGUACGGUGGUGGGUAUUCUCAUUGUUACCAUUAUGUUUCAAGUGGCCUUUACCCUUCCAGGUGAUAACAACCGAGAUCCGGGCCUAUUUAGGGUCUUUAUGAUAUCUGAUGCCUUGUCCUUCUUUUUAUCCUCAACUUCUGUCUUGAUCUUUUUGGGAAUCCUUACCUCACGUUAUACAGAAGAUGAUUUUCUCAAGAACUUGCCAAGGCAAAUGAUAAUAGGCCUUUUCACCCUCUUUUGUUCUAUUGCGACCAUGAUGAUAACUUUUUCCAGUGCCCUUUUAAUCAUCCUGGAUGAGCAAUUAAGGAUUUCAAUUCCUCUUAUUUGUUUGGGUGGUGUUCCAAUCUUCUUCUUCUUAUGGAUUCAGUUCCCUAUUCUUAAAGAUAUGAUCAUUUCAACCUAUGGGCCAAGCAUCUUCGAGACAGGAAAAUGAAACUGAAAUUGUAAAUUAGCUGCAAUGGGAUAUCAUCAUGUAUAUUAAUUUGUUGCAUGAAUUAUUGGCAUAUCAGCCAAAACCGAAUAUUUGUUCCCUUUUGUCAGGCCAAUAACCAAUGGAUGGAUUUUCAACGUAGGCUUAUCUUGCAUGUUUUAUGGUUAAUUGUUUUCGACCUAUUAUCAUUAA